UUUCCCCACUUCUUCAUCUCUUCUACCACUCUUUACUUCCGCUCCCCCAAACAUUUUCUCGCUCAUCUAAUCAUCUCCCACCCUAAACCCUAAUUUUCUCGGAGAGCAAAGAGAUCGGAAUUUUCUCCGUCUCUGGAACAUUCCCGGCAGUCCCAUGGAUUCGAGCAUCAAGAAGAAUCGGAAACCAUCCACUCCGGCGAAGGAAUCGCGACCGCCCCAUGGAUUUCAGUCCAAACUUCAAGACACCGCCAAGGUCUCGGAGAACACAGAUCCGAACGUCUCCCGCUCUAGUCCCUCGCUGGAUUCCUCCUCUCCUCUUGUCAAAUCUGGCAAGUCCCACAAGUCGGGGCAGAAAAACCCCAAUUCUAGUCAAACCCUAGUUCUGUACUCGCCGAGGAACAAGCUCCGGGAGCGGAAGUUCGUCGUCGCGAAGAAGAAAUCGAGGAAGGACAAGCAGAUCUCUGCCGAUUCCAGCGUAAUUGCGGACGUGAACUGCAAGUGCAAGGCGAGGCAGGGAGGGAUCGGGAACAAGUGUCUCUGUGUGGCGUACGAGAGUUUGCGAGCUUCACAGGAGGGGUUCUUCAAGUCCAGAAACGAUGGAGAGGAAUUGGAUCAAGGAAAUCGUGAAGAUGAGCUUGAUGUGGACGAGGAGGAUCCGAUGAUGGAGAACGGAAAUUCCAUUGAUGGUGGAAGUUCUGGCGUGGGUGAUGCGCUGCAGGGAAGCUCGACGGUUAAGAGAAGGAGGGAGAGGUUCCUCGAAGAGGCGAGGAAGAGUGCUCCUGAGAACGGGAAAGUGAUGCAUUUGGUCAAGGCUUUUGAGAAGCUUUUGACCGUACCGAAAGCAUCCAAGGAGGAUUGUGAUUUGGAGGUGGAGGAGGAAAAGAAGAAGGUAACUCAAUGGGCAUUGCCUGGUAUGCAGCCGCCUCCCAAACAAGAUGGUGAGGCCCAGGAAUCUUCGUCUUCGUUAUGUGCAUCUGAUCUGUUCUUGACUUCCGAGAAUUUGGGUCUUGAUUCGAGGCUUUCAAUCUCUUCUUCAUGGGACGGCAGUCAGUGCAGUCUCAACAGUAGGACAUCAAAUGGGGGACGGAGGAGCAGACGGAAUAGCUCUGAAUCGGGUGCAACUAUGGGAGGCAAUAGAUGGAAGAAAAAGCAGCCAAAAGUCACUAAUCUAAAGCCUUUUAAGCUGAGGACAGAGCAAAGGGGGAAAAUGAAGGAAGAGGAAUUCAUGAAGAAGAUUCAUGAAAUGAUGACCGAGGAGGAGAGGCAGCGGAUACCAAUUGCACAAGGUCUUCCAUGGACAACAGAUGAGCCCGAGCACCUUAUUAAACCUCCUGUGAAAGAGACCACAAUGCCAGUUGAUCUGACGCUUCACAGCGACGUACGUGCAAUGGAACGUGCUGAAUUUGACCACCAGGUAUCGGAGAAGCUAACUCUCAUUGAGGAAUACAAGAUGGAAAGAGAGCGGCAGCAAAAGUUAGCAGAGGAGGAAGAAAUACGAAGAUUACGAAAGGAGCUCGUUCCAAAAGCACAGCACAUGCCUUACUUUGACAGACCCUUCAUUCCCAGAAGGUCAACGAAGCAUCCAACAGUCCCCAAAGAACCAAAGUUUCACUUACCUCAGCAUAAGAAGAUCAAGUGCAGCAGCUCAUCUUGGAAUGACAUGAGCACUUUCACUUUCCAGCAAUGAAGCAGUGACACAUGCCUCAGCAAAAGAACAUCAAGUGCGUGUGACGAGCAUAAUGGAGUGAAUAUGGUGGCUUUGAGAGCUCGCGCUCUCUUUCCAACAACGAAGCAGUGACCCCCUCAGCCGCAGUACACCAUUUGUGAAGAUGAUGAACAGAAGGAAAUGGUCUGAAUAAAUAAUGACGAGUCGUUUAGCUUGUCCUUCUCUGUAUUCUUUUAUCAUAUUCCAUUCCCCUUAAGCGGGAGAAAGUUGGUUCUCUAAUUGUUUGUCAUGUGUAUACGAAGCAACUAAUUUGGUUGCGAAUUUUGUUGACGCUUUAGUUCGUUUCUCCAAGCUGAUAUUUGGCAGUGAAAGACUGAGAUUUUGAAUGUUGGGGUAAAGACUGGGUGCUGUUUUCGGGUAAUACAGUGAAUAUAUCUGCUCGUCAAAUAAACAUAGCUGGGUUUGGAUUAAUGAUUCAGCUCCCCUGUUUGGU